CAAAAUAUCAACAGCAUCAAUAUUUGAUCUCAAAAUGUGAAUAAUAAAAUUACCAAAAUCUUCAAAAAAUUCUUUAACUGUUCCGGGGGUGACAUCAGAGCUCAAGUUGAAAACAACGAGUGUCCCUUGGUUAUGACCGUUGGGGAAACCGCCGGCUGAACGUGCUCCGUCGACAUUGAUCUUCGACGAAUCAUUCAAGGUUCUACUUCAUUGUACUGGUUCAACUCUGCAGGGCACAAUCAACACUAGAAGAUCAAAAUGAAGAAGAUUAACGCAUCAAUCUUCACAUUCUUCGUCAUAAUUUCAACGAUUAUUCUCCGAUCGACCGUAAUUUCAUCAAACGAGCUGCUUGGAGUUGCACCUGAAGAUGAGAUGUAUUACAAGGGAUUGUGGUCUUCAGGAACGAUUAAAUGCAAAGAUGGAUCUAGAACAUUCACUAAGUCACAGCUUAAUGAUGAUUUCUGUGAUUGCUUUGAUGGAACUGAUGAACCAGGAACAGCAGCAUGCCCCACUGGGAAAUUCUAUUGCAGAAAUGCUGGACAUAGUGCCCUUACUAUAUUUUCUUCUAGGAUAAAUGAUGGUAUCUGUGAUUGUUGUGAUGGUAGUGACGAGUAUGAUGGCAAAACCAGGUGCAACAACACCUGUUGGGAGGCUGGAAAAGCGGCAAGAGAUAAGUUAAUGGAAAAAAUUGCAUUAUAUCGGGAUGGCGUUGCCAUAAGAAAGCAUGAAGUUGAACAAGCAAAAGUCUCAGCAGCAAAAGAUGAGGCUGAGCUGUCAAAUCUGAAGAAUGAGGAGAAAAUUCUCAAGGAGAUUGUUCAACAACUUAAGGAGCACAAGGAACGAAUAGAGGAGGCAGUGGAGAAAGAGCGCAUCCAGAAAGAAAAGGAGGAAAAGCAGAAAAAGGAAGCCGAAGAAUCGGAAUCGAAGGAACACAAAAAUGAAGAGAAAAAUGAUGCUGAAGAACAAGAGCACGUGAAAAAUCACAAUGUUGAAGAACAAGAGCCUGUGGAAAAUAAUGACAUUGAAGCUGCAGUUCUUGAGGACUCUUCUUCACGCCAGCAUGACCCGAAGGAUGAGGAAGGGCCUGAAUUUGUACAUGGAUCUGAACCUAAUACUGGGCUCGGAAGUAAGGAAGAAGAUGCAACCAAAGACAUUGAUGCAUUAUCAAGGGAAGAUUUGGGGCGUGAAAUUGGUUCACGAUGGACUGGAAAAAAAACAGAUGAGCAAAAUCAUGAUGCUAAAAAUGAUUACGAGACAUCUGUUAAUGCUCAUGAUGAAGAAAACAAUGGAUACGAUACAGAAACUGAUGAAGAUCAAUAUUACGAUCAUGACACCGAGGCCCACAGGGAUGAUGUUGGAGAUGCAGCUGUUGAUGAUUCAAGUUCUUCAUACGGCUAUGACCCAGAUGAUGACAUGGACAUGUUAGGUACGGAAAGCGAAAGCAGCCCUUCAUGGUUCGAGAAGAUUCAAAGAACUGUGAGGAAUAUUCUGCGGACUGUUAACCCCUUUCAGACUCCAGUAGACAUAUCUGAAGCUGAAAAUGUACGAAAAGAAUACGAUGAGGCCUGCACAAAGUUAUCUAAAUUAAAAUCAAGGAUAUCUCGCCUAACUAAGAAGCUAGGGCAUGAUUUUGGAUCGGAGAAGGAAUUCUACUCCUUAUAUGGUCAAUGUUUUGAAAGCAAACAGAACAAAUAUGUUUACAAAGUUUGCCCUUUUAAACAAGCCACUCAGGAGGAAGGGUACAGCACAACACGGUUGGGGAAAUGGGAGAAAUUUGAGGAGUCGUAUAAUGUAAUGCUCUUUUCAAAUGGUGACAAUUGCUGGAAUGGUCCUGAUAGAAGUGUAAAGGUUAGAUUAAGAUGUGGAUUGAAAGUUGAGCUUGCCGACGUAGAUGAACCAAGCCGUUGCGAAUAUGCAGCGACGUUAACCACCCCAGCUCUUUGCCUGGAAGGAAAACUCAAGGAGCUAGAAGAUGAACUAAAGAAGCAACCGCAACCACAUGAUGAGCUUUAACCGUUGAUGGUUUAAAGUGUUCAUGAUCAACGUAGUUUUUGGCAGGCCAUGCGUAAUGUCUCAUUCUUCGAUAUUCGUUGUUAGAAUGUCAAGACUUGCUUGAAAUGUUGAGGGGAGAGGCUUGUAAGCAGAUAUAUUUUAGAGCUACAAGAUGAAAUAGAAACGUUGUUUAACUAAAAUAACAAACUGUGCUUUUUCAUAUCA